AUUUUCUCACGGCGCCUCAGAGUCUCAACCGAGUUUGAGAGAAACGGGAGACUUGAGGGCUCAAGAGUCUCAACCGAGUUUGAGAGAAACGGGAGACUUGAGGGCUCAAGUCGCCAUGUACCUGGGGAUCAGAAAGGGGAAAUUAAAGACGGUAAGCCCCGCUCCCUCAGAUUCACUUGGAAUAUGAGAACCACCAGCUCCAUGGAGCCCUGCGACAUCAUGAGGGAGAUCCGCAAGGUGCUCGACGCCAACAACUGCGACUACGAACAGCAAGAGAGUUUCCUGCUCCUCUGCGUCCAUGGCGACGGGCGGGCCGAGAACCUGGUCCAGUGGGAGAUGGAGGUCUGCAGGCUCCCCCGUCUCUCCCUGAACGGCGUCCGCUUCCAAAGGAUAUCCGGGUCGUCCAUCGCUUUCAAGAACAUUACUUCCAAAAUAGCCAACGACUUAAAACUAUGAACAAAAGGACUUAAAAGAUAAGUAAAAAAAAAAUCUAAAUCAAAUCUAUAUUCAGAGGUAUUGAAGCUGUACAAUCAUCCAAGUAGCAGUUUCCAAAUGUCUCCUUUUUGUCCCCUGGGGCAACCGGGUUCCCGCGGGCACCGUGUUGGUGACCCCUGUUUUGGAUCAAUAAAGUAUUUUUGAAUUGAA